AGAGCUGAUGGACGGGGGGCGGCCCUGGAGCCCCCACGAGAAGGCCCUGCACGAGGCGCGCCUCAAGGCCAAGGCCAAGCGCCGCCUGCGCCGCACCUCCUCCCGCGACGCCCUGGCCGAAGGAGGCGCCGAGCCCGCCGGCCCCGAGCCCAGCAGCCCGCCCCCCGCCGCCAAGGGCCACGACCGGCGCUCCCGCAUGGGCAAGGGGCGCGGCCUGCCCAAGAAAGGUGGCGCCGGAGGGAAAGGCGUCUGGGGAGCGCCCGGCCUCGUCUACACCUACCAGGAGCCCGACGCGCGGGACCCCAACUACGACGAGGCCGCCCAGGGCGACACGGUCUAUGCCACAGUGGUGCCGGAGCUGGAGGAGGAGGAGCUGAAGAAGAACGUGCACCCCAUGGUGCUGGAAUACUUUGAGCAUGGAGACCCCCUGGAGGUGGUGGAGCUGCUCCGGGGCCUGAAUCUGGGGGGCCACAAGGCAGCGGUGCCCUCGAUGGCCGUGGCACUGUCUCUGGAGGGCAAGGCCAGCCACCGGGAGCUGACCUCACGCUUGCUGUCGGACCUGGUGGGGAAGGUGCUGAGCCCCGAGGACAUGGCGGCCGCGUUCGAUGGGAUGCUGCAGGACCUGCCCGACCUGAUCCUUGACACGCCGGAAGCCCCGCAGAUGCUGGGCCAGUUCAUCGCCCGGGCUGUGGCUGACCACGCCUUGCCCCUCGACUUCCUCGAGCGCUACAAAGGGCGGGUCGACUGUGAGCAUGCUCGGGCCGCCCUGGAUCGCGCUGCUGUCCUCCUGCGGAUCAAGCAAGACGUCAACCGCCUGGACAACGUGUGGGGCGUGGGGGGAGGCCAGAGACCUGUUAAGCACCUUAUCAGGGAGAUGAACCUGCUGCUCCGUGAGUACCUCCUUUCGGGAGAAGUGUCGGAGGCCGAGCGCUGCCUGCGCCAGCUGGAGGUACCCCACUUCCACCACGAGCUCAUCUACGAGGCGGUGGUGAUGGUGCUGGAGUCCUCAGGCGAGACGGCGGUCGCCAUGAUGAUGAAGCUGUUGAAGGUGCUGUGGGAGACGGGGCUGGUGACGCUGGACCAGAUGAACAGGGGCUUCCAGCGGGUGUACGAGGAGCUCGGAGACAUCAGCCUGGACGUCCCCCUGGCUCACAACAUCCUGGAGCGCCUGGUGGACUUGUGCUUCGAGGAGGGGGUCAUCACCAAGCAGCUGAGAGACGCCUGCCCUGCCCGGGGCCGGAAGCGCUUUGUCAGCGAAGGAGAUGGUGGCCAAAUCAAGCAGUGAUUGGCGGCUGGCAGCCCCCUCCCCACCAGCACCCCCUCUCGCUCAGCACCUGCAGCGGCAUGUUGGAGACCUCCUGUGGCCGGACUGAGGAGAGAGGGAGCCAAGCUCAUCUCACUGGUCUCCUUGGCCUGCCACCCCCCUUCCUCCACCACCCCCCAUCUCAGGAAGGAAAAGGAGCGGGGGCCAGAGCUGGGAUUGGUCCUGGCUUGGUGGUAUCCCCAAAUCCCCUCUGCUCUCGGGCCUGGAGCGGCUUCCAGAGCUGUCAUUGCAAGGCGCCCCUCUCUGCUUGUGGAGGGAGGGAGCGGGGAGUCCUGGAGCUGUGCUUUGGCUUCCAGAAGCUGCUGUGCAGGUGUGUGUGUGGGGGGGGAAGCAUCUCAGGGUAUAGGGCAAUUUGCUGGGGGUGGGGGGGCGGCAGGGCUUGGGCCAGGCGACGUGAGGCCCUUGCAGGCAAAGGAGGUGUGGCUCCAGCAGCAAUAAAAGAUUUAUCCAAAGGA